GGCUAGUUCCGAGCGCUGCACCGGCGGCGCACUGUCGCUAACUUAUAACAAGUGUUAAUUUAGAUCACAGUUGUCACUAUUAGCGCUUUAAACGAGUGUCUAAAAUUAAUUUAACCUCGUGCAGCACUCUGGUUGCAACAGCUAGCUAACUAACCGUGCUACAAUGGCUAAUUAACGGCCCGGUGUCGGGCAUGGUCGUGCUGAGCUCUCUGCUGGGCUCCGCGGCUCGUCUCCUCGGUGCUUCUCGGGUCCGCUUCUGGAGGCGUACGCUUUCCAAACGGGAAACAGGACCGCCUCUGUCCGUCCAGCGUCGGUGCGCUUCGGAAGCUUCAUCGGAUCACCUGGGCUCGGAAGUCACCAGGUACCAGCACUUAAAGAAGUAUUUCAUAAGGAGACUAAAGGCGACGUAUCACAGGUUCCACAGUAUACCUGAUUACUCAGUGGUGUGCGGACGUCACCAUGUAUACUUCAUUAAAGACGAUGGCAUCUACAGAACGGAUAAAAGAGGUGUACGGGAGCCUGAACAGGUGGUAAAUCUGGAGCAUGUGUCAAGGGGGGAAGGGAAGACGAGAGCCGAGAGUGGUGAGAGGUUUCAGUGGACAAUUCAGAGAAUACGUCUGUCGCCACAAGAAAAGCAUCUGGCCGCCACACUAAAGCGUAGUCCCAAUGAAGAGCUGAGGUGUGUUGUUGUGAGACUUGGAGAGAGAAAUGUUCCCCUUUCCCCCCCUCACAACGUCCUUCUUGAACUUGAGGGCGUCUUCAGUUUUGAGUGGGCAACGGACGAUGUCCUGUUUUACACAACGCUGGAAGGCCUGCGAUCCAGCUCCGCCUUUCGCCUGGACCUCACCUCGCACGGCGGCAGCAAAAUAUCGUCUGUAUACGAGGAAGCUCAGCCUGACGUGUUUGUGGAGGUCGCCCUGUCCAGAGACCGGCAGAUACUCACCAUCAACGGCAACAGUAGAACGAGUUCACAGGUGAUGCUGAUCGAUGUGAGCAAAUCCCAUUUAGAGCCUUUUGUGAUUCAGCCUCGCCAGCUGGACCUGCUGUACCAUGUGGAGCACUGGAGAGGACGGCUUAUUAUACUGGCUAAUACGGGGCCAGCAGGAGAAUAUCAGGUGGUGCAGUGUCCCGUCUCUGAGCCAUCAAUGGCCUCCUGGGUGUCGCUGUUCGCCCCUAGCCCUGACUCUGUUAUCAAAGACAUGGACGUAGUUGGAGAUUACUGCGUGUUGGUUACAACCACGGCGGCCAAUAAGCUCGCUUUCAGCGUGAUGUCACUGAGCGACCCAAAGGAGACGUACAUUAUUCAGCUCCCCCCCUGGGCUUGUGCUAUUGAAACCAAGAAACCAGGCUUGGCAGAGCAGGGAGACGUGUUGGAGUUCCUGUUAUCGUCCCCGGUCCACCCACCAGCGCCGUACGCUCUGGAUCCUGGGAAAGGACUCGUAUUAUCAGCCGCAGGAAAUCAGACCCGCGCAAAGAGCCAAGACAAGCAUAUCACCACACGCUUGAAGGCCCGCAGCCAAGAUGGCGCCUUGGUGCCAGUGACGCUGUUCCAUGCCGUACCGGUGGAGCGUCUGAACCAGGUGCCUUUGCUGGUCCAUGUUUAUGGAGCUUACGGUAGAGACCUGGAUAUGGAGUUCUGCCCGGUGAAACGCUUUCUGCUAGAGCAAGGCUGGGCGCUGGCCUACUGUCACAUCAGAGGUGGAGGGGAGCUUGGCCUCUCUUGGCACCGACGAGGCCGAGUGGAGGGGAAGCAGAGGGGAGUGGAGGACCUCCAUGCCUGUCUCCAUAAGCUCUUCUCUGUGGGAGUCUCCCGGCCCUCGCUCACCGCCCUUACAGCCUGCAGCGCUGGAGCUGUGCCAGUGGCGGCGCUGUGCAACGCAAACCCGAACACGGUGCGGGCCGUAACCCUGCAGGCUCCUUUCCUUGAUGUGUUGGGAACUAUGCAGAAAGCCAACCUGCCUCUGACUCUGGAGGACAGAGAUGAAUGGGGGGACCCAGUGGGAGACCUGAAUCACAGGCAGAUCAUCGCUUCAUACUGCCCCCUUCAUAACGUUACUCCUCAGCUCUACCCAUCUAUGCUGCUGACUGCUUACAGUGGAGAUCCCAGGGUUCCUCUGGAAGGCGUCCUCCAGUACGCCACAUUUGUAAAGACAGCCCUUCAUAGCCACCUCAGCAGGGACCCAAAUGCAGAUAGCAAACCAGCGUCAAACAUAGUUCUGAAUGUCCAGCCUGGAGGCAGUCAUGCCGGACCAGAAGAUCUUGUGCAGACGCUGGAGGAGGAGGCUCUUAAGGUGGCGUUCCUGUACGCCGAGCUUGGCCUGGACCCUCCGCCGCCUCCACGCAAGAGGAACCGAUAGCUCAGCUGCCAGGAGGCAGUCAGGAAUGAAGAUCUAGAUUUACAGCACUGUGAUGGUCAAAUCUUUCACUCUGCGUGUGAAAAAGAAGAAGACACAUCCAGCUGAUUCAUGUAAAAUCGUGGCUUUAUUGUGUUGCAUUAUCCCCUCUGGACUGAAACACCAAAGGACAAUCUCUGUAAAUUAAUUUAGGAGAACACACAGGCUGCUGUUUGCUUCAGCAUUUAUAAAGAAUGCCAAUGGUCUCCAAAUAGCAGGCCUUCUCAGAGACAUAGCAUUCUGCAGGGUGGUUGGGAUGAAACCGAGUAUAGGUCGAGUAGCGAAUGACCAGACCUUCUCCCGGUUCCGUCUGGACGCGGGAUUUCUGAAACACCUUCCCGUCGUUGGCUGGGUUCGUGCUCAUCAGCACGCUGAGCUGCUCGGGCAGCUCCUGGAUGGCCGAGAGAUCUGUGAUGGUAGAUGCUUUGCCAAAGUUAAUCACCACUAGGUAAGCUUCUUUGUGUCCAUCGAGCUCCCUCAGGUAAGAGAAGACGUCGGUAUCAGCGAGGACGUAACAGAACCAUCCACGCAGAAACGGGAGCUCCGACUGCCGCAGGGCGUUCAGGAAGCGGUACUGAGAGAGCACGGAGCCUUCAUCUUGCAUCUGGGCCUGACAGGAAUGAAUGGAGGGGGGGGGACCAUGAGUCUACACAACAAACGGCUUUUAUCAGAUCUCAUAGUUGCUGAUAAAUGAGUCGCGUACCUCCACGUUGACCUUUUCAUAAUCAGGAUGCACAGGUAACCAGGUGAUGUUGGUGAUGCUGUUGAAGCCUGCGUUCAUCUCGUCGUUCCACUGCAUCGGAGACCGCUCAGGGUCCCGACUGAGACUCUGGGGUCAAAGAAUAGCAAUAAUUAGCCUCCAGCUGGCCUCGUACACAAUAAAGCGAUGCCUUUUUAUCUCCAAUAACAAACAAUGAAACAUUCUCUGCAUAAACUGCUAUUUUCCUCUUGUUUGGUAAUGCCAUCAAUUAAACUCAUUUUUGUACAGA